CAAAACCACUGAUGGGCUUCUACUUGCUCAGCCACUUAAUGUAUUAGUUGCUGUGAAACGGUGCAUCUUGAUUGUAAUAAUCAAGCAACGCAAUUCUGAAAUUAGGGCUUAUAGAGGAGGGGUGGUAAUUUAGGCUUAUUUUUCCACCAGAUGACCUGGACACUUUGCAGUCACUUUGAGUCCAACAUAAACUCCUCACUACAAGUAUCCUAGAGGCAAAUGUGAAGCCAUCUGUAUGACAGCUAAAGCUUGGUUAAAAAUCGGUCAGUCAGCAGGCCGAUGAGCCCAUGCACAGCAUCAAAGCUACAACAGAAUGGCUGAAAAAAAGAAAAGAAUCAAGGUGUUGCAGUGACCCAGUCAGAGUCCAGACCUCAACCUGACUCAAAUGCAGUGAAAGGACCUUACAAGAGCUGUGCAUAAACAAAUGCCUGCAAACCUCAAUUAACUGAAGCUACUACUGUAAAAAAGAGUGGACCAGAAUUUCUCCACAGUGAUAUUAGGGACUGAUUAAAUUAUACAGAAACCCACUACUUCCAGUUACUGCUGCUAAAAGUGGUUCUUAAGUUUUUCACAGGGUUGCAUAUUUGCAUGUGCUUGUCCACCUUAUAUGUGAAAAAAAUACUGUGACUUCGGAAGUUAUCUACUUUAUUUACCCAGUCUAGCCUCAAAUUGAUAUUAAUAAGGACCGGUAUUUUUUGUAUAAGUGAUUUAAUUAUCAAGAGGAGUAAUCACAUAAAGCGGUUUUAACAUUUCUUUUGAAAAUACCUGAACUAGAGAGAGCCUAAUAUUUAAUUCCUUCGUUGUGUUUUUGCUAUUUAAAUAGUUUAUCUCUUAUUAGCCUUCUUGCUACUUUUAGAUAAACUUUGGAAUAUAAAACUAUGAAUCAUGUCACUCAAGGACUGAACACAAUAGUUCUGACUUUUUAAUAAUUAAUUAAAUAAACAAACAUAUUCCUUCCGAAACAAGUCAUGUCGUAAGUCUUCUGAGCAUGCGCAGUGCUAAAAAGGAAAUGUCCGUCUGUUUCCCUGGGUUACCAUCAACAACUUCGCUAGCCCACAGUAUCUUCAGUAUGUUACCGUGGCUUUAGGGUCUCGUGUAUCAUUAUACAUCUGCAUAAUAAUAUGUAUAGAAUAGGUGAAGCUUGAAGAGCAGCGCGGGAGGUCAAUAACGUGUUUAGUGACUAAGUAGCUCGAGCGAAUGAACCCCAGCUAGCAUGUUAGGGAGCUGUUUACAGCUUUUAGGAUGACCGAACAGGAAUACGGGACGCUUGCUUAUUCAAAAAGCCCGAAAACAUCUAAAAGAACAACAUUUCAGGAUGAACUCCAGGCUGCUGUCUCUGCCAGGGCGAGUAAAGCCAAGACAGAUCAGUACUCCUACUCUGACGACUUCGAAGAAGAUGAAGAUGAUUUUUUAAACAGACUCCUUAAAUUAAGAAAAAAGAAGACAGAUCCUCUCAAAGCUGGGAAAAAUAAAGCCAAAUUCAUCAACAACUUUGACCUCUCAGAUGAUGAAGACAAACACAGGAGGACGAAGAAAGUUUCAUUCCUGAAAACACAAAGAAUCAGCUCUCCCUCCAACAGCACCACUGCAUCAGAGUCACAAGAAAAAAACGAGCCCCUAGACUCCCACACGGCUGCACGCGAUAGUUCUAAUGGGUCAGCAUCUUCACAACGCUCCACAGAUGACGCACAGCUUAAAAAUGCUCAUGUGGAUUCAGCUGAUCCUCAGAUCACAAGAGAAAGCUCAAGUAAAUCUCUGUCAUACCACACAUCAGACGAUACUCUCCUGGACAUGCCUUUACCGUUACCAUCUGACAGCAGCAUGGUGGAAACUCCAGGGCCAGAGCAAAAGAACAGCUCUGCUGCUGAAGAAAGCUCACAGACUUCACAGUUAUCAACAUGUGACCUGAACCACACAGCUUCAGCAGAUAGUGUUCCAGAGAGGGAGCCCCCAAGACCCAAACCUCGGCAAAGGACCCUCGGGUUGAACUUUCACACUUCGGAGAAGCCAGCUGAAGACUUUCAGAAUCUCAGCAGGCCUCCGACUUCUUCUGUAUCAAUUCCUCUCUCAACUGAUACAUCUGGCAGCAUUGCUUGGACAGAAGGAGACCACACAGUUUCACCCUCUUCAAACAAGAGUGCGCGGUCUCCACUCCUCACAAAGUCCACUGUUGAUUCUGGAUCCAAAGAUGGCUUUAUUUCUGAUGACAGCAAAGAGCAGGAGAGGAUCUACUCCACAUCAUUUGAAGAAUUUACUGGAUGCUCAGGAGAUCCCUCAGCUCAUCUCUCUCAUGUCUCUGAGGAAUCUGUUGAAGCAAGGACUUUGAGUUCUCACUCUAAGACCACUCCAAGAUCUCAGAGUGCAUGCUCCAUUAAAGUGGAGUCCAAGUAUUUGGGGUCUCUCAAAGUUCUGGACCGUAAAGUCUCUUUACAAGAGUCUCAGCCACAGGAAGCAGAUUCCCUCCGAGCUGCCAUUUAUCAGGAAUGGCUCAAAAAGAAAAAGGAAAAGUCGAGGGAGAACAUGCAACUGAAGAAGAAAGAGGCCAUGUUGAAAGAAAAAAAGAAAAAGGAAGAGGAGGCUAAAAAGGAAGAUGCUGUUGCGUUCUAUGAGGCUUGGAAGAAAAAGAAGGCAGAAAGCCUCAAAUCUAAGGCCAAAGAGAAGGAAGCUGUGAUUAGAAAAGAGCAAAAAGCAGCUGAGGAGAAAGAAGAAAAAAGGCAGACUGCUCAACAGGUGUUUGAGAAAUGGAAACAUGAGCAUGAUCAUCUGAUAAAAGAGAAUUACAGAAAACAAAAGGAGGCUGAAAAUAAACUGAAGCUUAAAAAACAAGAACAGGAGGAGGCAAGAAAAAGGGACAGCAGGUCUGCCUUUUCUAACUGGUGUGAAAAGAAGAAAGAAGUUAUCAAUGACAAACUCACGUCAGAGCGCGAAGAAAUCAAAAAUAAAGCGGAGGAGGAGAAAUACAUGAAGGAAGAAAGAGAUAAAAUGGCUUUAGAGAUGUAUGAAAACUGGCUGAUGGCACUGACAGAUUUCACUGUCAGGAGGGGAAAAUCUGGACGCUCGACCAACUGUUUCAGCACAUUUUUAAUGAAUAUUUAGUGAAUUUCUUCUGAUUUAAUGCUUUUACUUCAUUCUGUUUCUGAGAGAAAUUGAAUUUAUUUUCCACUUCAAGUUUUUAAAAUAAAAAAAGUGUGAUAGCUUGAUAACAUCAGAACCUUACAUUGUAUAGAUUAUAGAUUAAAUCAGCAUCUUAAUAUAUUUUUUUGUAUUGUAACCUGUUUGUGUAAUUUUUUUUCAUUAAAUAGUAAAGCUCAGAGUUGCCAAAUGAGCCUGCAUUUUACAUAUAAAGCUAAAAUUAAAUAUGUACAGCACUGUGAAAAACUGUUGAUCCAUCCCUCAUUUGUUUAUAUUUUGCUUCCAAGGAGCCAGACUUGGUGUUGAGCGAUAGUUCUCCAGGCUUUCUGAAGGACAUUUUUGAACUAAUUUUUAGAGGAUGUCUUUGUUUUUUCUUGUGGAUCACCAUGCAGCAAUAAAAGUAAUCGUAUGAAAUACUGACUUUCAACCUUGUUGGUAUUGCACCAGCUAUGGCUCAAGACUUUUGCCCAGUACUGCAUAUCCUCUUUGAUUAAUCAUUUCCUGACCUCAGAGUUUUAUGUUGUGUUGCCUUGGAUGUGCGUGACUCGUAGUGCAGUAACUCUCUCCAUUUCGUAGAGCUUUUACAGCAAGACCACAGUUAUGAAAUUGUACACGUGUCUUGAGAUCAUAAUGGGUGUGAUCUUUGACUCAGAGCUUUGUUUUGUCUGCCUGAAGUCCAUCUUCCCCCUCGAUGUUCAGACUAAUUCAUAGAGACGAGAUCACAUCAUCCCUGUCACUACCCGUUACAUAUAUAAUUGAUUUGAACUUUUAUUAAGUUAAAUAUGAGGUUCACAAGACUGUCCCACGCUCUUCUUAAUUUCUUAUAGCUGCUUGUAUAAGGCGUUGUUAUGAGGUGUACAAAUCCAGUAUUUUUGAAUAUACUGUAAGUGUGAGCAGUCCUGGUCCUUGUGGCUGGUGUCACAGAU